AUGAAUUCACCUCCUCAACCCCAGAAUGGAGUCUUCUUGUCCUUUCUAGUAACCUCCAGUGCCAAACCCCCUCCUUCAAAGACCAAUGCCUAUUAUGGUCAAGGCUCAGGAAAUAUUGUCCUGGAUAAUGUGAGUUGCAGAGGAUCGGAAUACAGUCUAUGGGACUGUCCUCAUUCAGGAUGGCUCUCUCAUAACUGUGGUCAUUCUGAAGAUGCUGGAGUCAUCUGCUCAGCUGCUGCUGGAUAUCCAACUUCUCCAUCAAUGGGAACAAUGGGAUACACUUCACCAUGGCCCUGGUACACAACAACUGCAGCUGCUGCACAUACAAGAUCUCCAUCAACAGCAAGCACUCCAGUGAGAACCACGCCAAGUGGGCUGGCAUUGAGACUGGUCAAUUCAUUGAGCAGAUGUGAAGGUCGUGUUGAAGUCUAUUAUGCAGGAUCCUGGGGGACAGUGUGUGAUGAUUCUUGGGAUCUCAAUGAUGCAAAUGUUGUGUGCCGGCAGCUUGGAUGUGGAUAUGGUGUUGCAGCAAAGAGCGGUGCCUAUUACGGUCAAGGAACAGGAAAUAUUGUUCUGGAUGGUGUGCAUUGCAGAGGAUCGGAAUACAGUCUAUGGGACUGUCCUCAUUCAGGAUGGCUCUCUCAUAACUGUGGUCAUUCUGAAGAUGCUGGUGUCAUCUGCUCAGCAGCUGCUGGAUAUACAACAUCUCCAUCAACAGGAACACCAGGAUCCACUCCAUCAUGGCCCUGGUACACAACAACUCGAACACCGGGAUACACUCCAUCAUGGCCCUGGUACACAACCACUGCAAAAUAUACUUGUGGUGGUGUCCUUCAGUAUUCAUCUGGGACAUUUCAAAGCCCGUUCUAUCCAAACAAUGCAGAUUGUGUGUGGGAAAUAGAAGCAGUGAGCAAUUACCGUAUAACACUUUCAUUUAGAGAUAUCUCGACAGAAGGUGGUAGAUGCCAACAUGAUUAUAUUGAGAUAUAUGAUGGGCCACUCUAUACCUCUCCUUUACUGGGGAAAAUUUGUUAUGGUUCCUAUCUCACAUAUACAUCGUCCUCAAACUUGAUGACAGUUCGAUUUCACAGUGACUCGAGUAUAACAAACAGCGGGUUUCGUGCUGACUAUUACAACAUUCCAGCAGAUCAGAAUACUGUUCUUCUGUGCUUGCCAGAAUACAUGCAUGCUGUUGUUAAGAGAGCCUAUCUCCUCUCACAAGGCUACACUGCAGAGAAUGUCAGAUUGAAUGACCCUUAUUGUAAACCAGAGAUUACAACAAACGAUAUUAUAUUCAACAUCCCAUAUAACGGCUGUGGCACAAGACGAGAGGGAAACAGCAAUACUAUCAUGUAUUCCAACUUGAUCAAAGCAACCUCUUCUGGUUACAUAAUCAAAAGGGAAAAAGAUCUUCACUUGCACGUCAACUGCAAAAUGCUCCAAAACACAUGGAAAGAAAUCAUGUAUGUUGCUCAGGAUGUGGCUGAGGAUGCUACUGAGGUCAAUGAAACGCAGUACAGCAGAUAUGACGUGAACAUUUCAUUCUACGAAUCACCAUCCUUCUCACGGCCAGUGUUUGACUCUCCAUACUACGUGAGAUUGAACCAGAAUUUAUUCCUUCAAGCUUCAAUUCACAGCUCUGACCCAAAUCUGGCGUUGUUUUUGGACACAUGUGUGGCAUCACCUAAUCCCAGUAGUGUUACAUCCACGACCUAUGAUAUUAUCAGGAAUGGAUGUGCUCGAGAUCCUACCUACGGUACAUACUAUUCACCCUACAGCUCCACCAUACGCUUCAAAUUUAAUGCCUUCAAGUUUGUUAACCAAUAUUCAUCAGUUUACCUGCAGUUUAAAAUGGUGGUGUGCCGGGUAUAUGAUUAUUCUUCCCGAUGCUACCAGGGCUGCAUACCCAGGUCCAAGCGAGAUACAAGCUCUUACCAAGAAAAAGUGGAUGUUGUUGUUGGGCCAAUUGAGCUUUGGAAAGAAGGCACUGAGAACAGGAAUGCUGAGCUGGACUAUUCUGAACAUCAGGAAAAUGUGGAUUCCCGUGGUUCACUUACCACUACUGCUGAUCAUUCCCAGGCUCCAUUUAUUGUUACGGCUGUGGUGCUUGCAGCUGUUAUUUUCACUCUUGUUGGCUUUCUUUUGAAAAGUAAACUGAAGAGACCGAUUCCAUACGAGAUAAUGUGAGACGCUAAAGACACCAGCAUCUGGCAGACAAUGAUAUCUCAGGGCAUUUACAUAAUUAUUCUGUUUCUAGCCUUUGCACUCAAUAACUUUUAUGUGACCAUUUGCGCUUCAAAGAGAAAGUAUGGCAAACACUGUAAUGAGGCUACACUCUGAGUUCUGGUAAAUUCAGACUAGAGAUGGGCCUGAGCUUAAAACCACACAUCCAAAUAACAUGGAAAGCUAGGAAAAGUUUGAAUCCAGAUCCCAAUUCUGUAACCAGCUGCCAUUUCCAGUAAUGGACUGAACCCAAGCCCAGUAUUUGACCUACCAGCUCCCUCCUCUCAAUCUAGAGCCAGACUUUGCACCUCAGGAUCUCUAAUUAGAUCUCUAAUCUAGAUAGUAUUUUUGAUCUAUCUAGUUUUGAUGGUAUUCUGCAGUGAGAUUCAACAGAGAAACUCUUGUAAUAUAAUGAAUGUGUAUGCAGGAAGAAUGGUCCAGAGGUUAGAGCACUAACCUGGGGUGUUAGUUACUGUUUCACCAUAAACAACUUGUGUGAUCCCGGGUCAGUCACUUAAUCUCUCUGGGCCUUAGUUCCCCAUCUGUAAAAUGGGGAUAACAGCACUUCCCUAUCACACAGGGGUGUUGUAAGGAUAGCUACAAAUAAUAUCGUGACGUGCUCAGAUAUUACCAUGAAGGGAGAUAUAGAAGUACCUAAGAUCGAUAGUACUUUGAUUUGACAACUUUAUUCAUAAAAAGGGCAAUCUGAUUUUGGUUUUUAUGUUUUAUGCAUACAUAGUAUAUCUUUUAUGCAUACCUGGCACAUUUCAGUCACUGCUGAUCAUCAAGAUAUUUGGGUGUUAGUGCAAUUUUUCUCCUUCAUAAUCCUCCUUUCACUUCCUUUCAAAACCAAUGUAUCUAACACUCAAAUAUUCUGACAUGGAAAUUGUGGUGAAGAGAUGGGGGGUAAAAUCUACAUGUGGCAACACCAAAUGAUCCAAGGUGGUUAUAUAGAAGAAAGUAUUUUUAUUUAGUAAUCAGCCAUGCCUGGAAAAGAAAUACAGAAAACAUACAUCCAAUUACAUAUGGAAUUGCUAAAACACCCUGUUUCAGAUUAUCUUGAAUGUUGCUCUUUAAGGUUUAAUUUCUCUUUGAGACAAAUGUAAUAGAUUGUGCUAAUUUGUAAAAUGGGAUGAUUUCCAGUCUAAAUGAAUUUCAUAUGUAAACUUAGCAAUUUACAAUCAG